AUGACCGUCGGCCGGAUCGUCAUGGAAUUUUUUUCCGACACCACACCGCGAACCGCCAAGAACUUCCGCGCACUCUGCACCGGCGAAAAAGGCGUCGGAAGCUCCGGCAAACCGUUACACUUCAAAGGCUCCAUGUUCCACCGUGUGAUCCCUAACUUCAUGUGUCAGGGCGGCGAUUUCUCCAGAGGCAACGGUACAGACGGUGAUGCGAUCUAUGGCAACAAGUUUGCUGAUGAGAAUUUCGUUAAGAAGCAUACCGGUCCUGGAAUUCUGCCGAUGGCGAACGCCGGUCCGAACACGAACGGAUCUCAGUUUUUUAUAUGUACUGCAAGGAUUGUAGCAAAGUCAAAGCAUCUGAACCAAAGACAAAGUUCUUCCCAAGCUACAGAACUCAUAGAGAGUACAAGUCAAAACAGGGAAGCUGGUGAGAGGCACUCAAAGAAGCCGAAAAAUGCAUAUUGUCUAGAAGAGAUCUAUAAACGGAAGCAGGAGGAAGAAGAAAAGGCAAGAAGGAAGAAAGAGGAAAUAAUUAAAGCUUAA